AGUGUUUAAACUUCUUGCAGUCAGUAAUCAACUACCUAUGUCACGACAUAUUCCCUUUUCCUUCUUGAGAAGGCACUAAAACUUGAUUUACUCAUACAACGAUACAAAACUUCUUAAUUUGUUUUAUUCAUUCUUUAUGUAAAUCUUCUUUGUUGGAAAUUAUUUUUUUCAUUUGGGACCGAAGAUAAAAUGUCAAAUCAGUGGAACGAUGAUGGUAGUUUUAGAAAUAAGCCAAUAGGAGGUUGGCUACAUCAAGAUCAUCAGCUCUUACCUGGCAAUGGAGUGUCAUAUCCAGUUAGAUACAUGGGGUGUUUGGAAAUUACUCAGAGCAUGCGAUCAAUGUCAUUUGAGACUCGAAAAGCUGUGACAAAGUAAGCAUAGGGAAUAGUUUUUCUCUUAAUCAAAGCUAAGCAUUCACUAAAACUUUAGACAGUGCACAAUCAUAGUAACUUCUGCGGCCGGUAUGAGAUCAUCAAGUACGAAAAAAAUUGACAAAAGUUUAACUGAUAUAAUCAAAGAUACCCCUGAUAUGACAAAUGCAGGAAGUAAUUGUCAAGUAAUAAUAGAUACUGAAACUAUCCAACUAAUAUCUUUGGAUAAUCAGAGAUCUAUAGGUUUAUACCCUUUAAAUUCUGUAUCAUUUACAUCAAGUGGAGAUAAUGAUUUAGACUUUGUGACAAUUGUAUCCAAAGACGUUAUUCGGGGGCGAUUCUGUCACAUUUUAGAAUGUGGAAACAAAUCAUCUCAUGAUAUAUUAAAUACCCUUGGUCAGGCUUUCGAAUUACGAUACAAACAGUUUCUAGGUUUAGCUAUGAUCGAUUCUAGGGCUGUCGGUAAUUGCUACGUUGCUGAACCAAGUGCACCGCCUCUCACUAACGAAGUUGACGAAGAUAAAGGAAACGAUAAUAACGAUCAUAAGCCAACUGAAACACCAACUGAGGUAGUUCAUAAUUCAACAGAUGACUUUGGGAUGGAGCCUUUUACACUCGAAGGCUGCAUUGGUGCCGGGGAUCCUACAAAUGAAGAGUGGUUUCAUGGAAACAUUUCAAGAAGUCAAGCAGAGGAGCUUUUAAAAGAAGAUGGGGAUUUUCUCGUUAGAUUAACUUCAAAUUGCAUUGGUCAGUACGUAUUAAGCGGAAAACAUAAUCACACAGUACGCCACCUUCUUCUCGUAGACCCGAAUGGAAUAGUUCGCACAAAAACACAGGCAUUCAAUUCCAUCAGUCAUUUAAUUAGGCAUUAUGUUACUUCAGGGAAUCCCAUCCAUACAAAAGAUGGUUUAUUUGUUUUAAAAAGACCAGUAGCCCUAGCAAAUUGUUAAUUUAUAUUAGCAGAAAACUUUCGAAUCUUUUUUACUUCAUUUAGUUUAAAAAAAAAAUUAAUUAUCUGUCCAGAACAUAUUAUCAAAAUAAUAUACUCCAAACGCUCUAACAACAUAUAUCAACACUUUUAUCGUUCUAUAAAACCUUUGAAAUUUUACUUUACUGAGUUUUAUCAUGUUCUUUACCAAUGAAUGAGUAGUUUUCUAAAAUGCAAUGUUUUUUUUUAAAGUGUAGUUACACACAUAAAAACCAUUCAGACUUUUUACAUUCCCAGUCUUUUUUUUUGUCUUUAUUACUGCUUUUACUAGUUUGGAGGAGGAUAAACAAAACCAAUUUUUUUGUGAAGUUUGUUUACAAUGCAAAUGUUUUAUUUUUAAAUAUGUUACACAAUAAAAUUUAAGGGAAGUAUAAUUUAUGAAAUUUUGAAAUGUGUCUUUAUGAAGCACUAUCAGGUAAAAAGCUUCUUAUGCUUUCACUUUAAACCGUCAUAAAUUCAAAAAGACAGUUUUCAAAGUUCAUUUAAUUAAACUAGCUUACUUGCCCUCGAGCAAUGUUUUAAUUUCAUUUAGAACUAUUUCGGGUUCAGGAAACUUUAGCUUUCUGGGAGGUCCUUUCUUCAACCCAGUCCAAACAUUAUGGGUAUUUCCUUCCGAGUCUUGAAUAGAAAUUUCAAAAGCUCCUCGUUUGGGUUUUUCCUGAUUUAUUAAUACCUCAUCAAUACUUAAGUCUUCAUCAGCUCUUAAAAACUCUAUAAUGGCGGCCGCUUUGCGACCAUACACCCGUCAAGAUUUGCAAUGCUCUAUUAACACUGUUAUUGUACCGUCGACUUUUUUCUUCUUUGCUAAAGAGUCAUCUCUUUCUACUGACUGGUUAUUAUGAGCGAGAUCUUCGACUUCUUCAGUUGAUUUUGUCUUGAGACCUCUUUUCCUCUUUGGCGCCAUAACCAAAUUUGCACAAAAAA